UCGUAGCAGUCGGGUUCCACCGGAGUGCCCGGGGCCGUGGACUUAUUUUCCCCCGGGGAUCGACACAUUGGACAUCAACGAACUAUUCCAGAAGAUGCUCUUCUUUCUGCUACCUGUCGUGGCUCUUUUGCUGAGCAGAACGACGGUCUCCGGUAACAGUAACGACAAAUGGCUGAGCACCGUGGCUCAGUUCAACAAGGACAGAUCCUGGAACAGAUUCAGAGAUGAUGACUACUUCAAAAGCUGGGCUCCUGCCAAGUCUCUGGACCAAGGUGCAGACGCCACCAAGGACCCCUGUCUGAAGGUGCGCUGCCCUCCUCACAAGGUGUGUGUCAGCCAUGACUACCAGACAGCCAUCUGCACCAAUCACAAGCAGCCAACUCACAGGAAAGGCAGUGCAGGCCACAAGCACAGGCUUGAAGCUCGUGCACAUGGGAAAUGUAGGAUUUGCUUGGGGCUCCAGUCAAGUCCUGUAUGUGGAUCUGAUGGACACACCUACACCUCCAAGUGUAAGUUGGAGUUCCAGACCUGCCUGUCUGGGAAGACGAUCUCAGUAAAGUGUGACGGGCUGUGUCCCUGUUUGCCUGGUCAGGAGCUCAGCAAACCACCACAUAGGACUGAAAAGGCUGCCUGCACUGACACGGAGCUCCACAGUCUGGCUGCAAGACUAAAGGACUGGUUCGGUGUUCUCCACCUCGACGCCAACAGAGACCUCAAAUCCUCUGACAGCUUUGACUCCACCACAGGACACUUUGACACCAGCAUCUUGCCCAUCUGUAAGGACUCACUGGGCUGGAUGUUCAACAAGCUUGACAUGAACUUUGACCUCCUGCUGGAUCAAUCAGAGCUAAGUGCCAUUUACCUGGACAAGUAUGAGCUGUGCAUGAAGCCCCUCUUCAACUCCUGUGACUCCUUCAAGGAUGGCAAGCUGUCAAACAACGAGUGGUGCUACUGCUUUCAGAAACCUGAGGGACUGCCCUGCCAAGCUGAGAAGAGCAGAAUCCAGAACCAGAGUCGAAGGAAGAGCCUCAUAGGCUUUUAUAUUCCCCGCUGUACUGAGGAAGGCUACUUCAAACCAACCCAGUGUCAUGGCCGCACUGGCCAGUGUUGGUGUGUGGACAAAUAUGGCAACGAGAUUGCUGGCUCCAGAAAACAAGGCAACCCGAACUGCGAUGAGGACCAGGAGACAUCAGGGGAUUUCGGCAGCGGCGGUGCCGUCAUUCUCCUGGGCGACCAGGAGGAGGAGCCAUCAGAGAGCGGCCAGAGCCGGCAGAAGAAAAGACGGGGACGGAUUCACCCCCGAGGAGCCAUCGAAGACGAUGAGGACGGGGAAGACGAUAAGGAUGACGAGAUUGGCUACGUUUGGUAG